CUCAACUUCAGCUCGUGCGCGCCGUCGUAGCGCAGAUCCGCGCGAGCCUGCUUUGCGCUCCUCUGCCUCUCUUAUAGUCGUCUGCCCCGUGGUAAAACAUCAGACGCUUGCGCUCGUUCAGAACCAAAACCAACCGCAGCCUUCUGCGCGAAUCCAAGUGCUUGCCGCCCUGCACCGUUAACCCGCUCCAAGGCUCGCCGAUAUAGCUUCCGCGGCGCCUCCGAACAACUGCAUACGAGCGGCGCAUAGCCUGCCUCAUGCUGUACCACGCGUUCCGACCUUGAUGAGACGUACACAGCGCCAUCAUGGGCAGUUAUAGGCCUCCACAACAUGGCUACGGUCCUCCACCAGGCCAAGAUCCGCAUUCGCGGCCCGGAUCAACAACGUAUGGACAGCCUGGAGCUCACGCAUAUGGCUCACCUAUAACUUCGCAUGCACCGACCUGGAACCAGCCUCAGUAUCAAAGCAACCAUUAUGCAGGCGCGCCUCCUCCUCCGCCGCCGCCGCCACCGCCUCCAUCCUCUUCCCCCUCAAACCCGAACUAUGGCUCCAGUCCUGCAUAUCAGAUACAGACCGUGGGCGGCCACACGGUAACACCAGCUAUACCUCCUCGAAUUCCCCAACCUUAUGGCCCCCCCUCAACGAAUGUUUCUGACACAGGUCCACCGCAAAUCCCUAGCCAACACCCUCCUUAUGGUCCGUCGCACUCGCAAUCGCAAGCCGUCCACCAAAGAAUACCAUCCGUGCCACCAGCGUACCACCAAGAAGUGGCUCAAAACGCACAAGGAUGGCCUCAGCAUCCGCAAUACUCGAACCAACCUGCGACACACCAUUACGACCCCCCUUUGCCGCCGCGACCUGGAUCACAGGGACGCACUUCUGCGAUAACAGGAGGACAUCAGCAGCAAUAUGACGCCUACGGACAUGUGUCGCAGCCACAAUAUACCGGAGGCCAGCAAUAUGCAGGACAGAAACUUGCGUAUGAGCAACAGCAUGCUGCAACAGGCGCGCAAAUGUACGAGCCUGAGCCAUUAUCUGGCUCAGUCUACAGCCCGGAUGAUGCGCAGAAGUAUCAGCACCCGCCGGCACCAUCACCUGGAGGCUACGCGCCCCCUCCACCACCUCCUAAGCCCCAAGGUUACCACCCCCAUGAAACCCAACAGCCGACAGGCCGCCCGGCCUCCGUACAAUAUGGUGCUCAUGGAGGACAGACGUAUCAGUCUCCUGCACAACAGCCGGCGACUGUUGCGUACGCAGGGGGGGCUCAGUAUGAAAUUAGCCAGCAUCAAGCCGCGUACGGCAAUUUCCAGAACCCGUCCACGAAUGCUACUGGUCAACAGCUCAAACAGCAGAAUGGUUCUUCGAACGAGCAGAGCGUGCCAUAUGGGCGACAAACGCCUUCGCAAUCUACCUCAAGACCUGGCUCUCGACCGCCGGCGCAGCACCAGGGCUAUUCUCGUCCGUCUUUUGGAGCCGAUGAUGAACCCGUCUCACCUAUACAGUCACGGCAAAGCAUUUCUUUGUCGCGGCCUGCUUCUGUUCCCGUCAACGACACUCCUCACCCCAAACCCGCUCCUUCUCCUGCUGUGAAACCAUCUGCCUCUGCCUUCGUCUUCUCCUCUGACUGGGAGCACUUUGGUUCCGGCGCCGAUGAGAUUGACGACACGGCUAUGUACGGCGUCAAGAAGGACGACGCAGACGCACAUGUUCCAAGCACCGUUAGCAUUGAGCUUCCGGCCUCUGGUCCUGAUUCGCUGGGUCAUGGCAGGGCCGAGUCUGAGGUUAGCGCACCUGAGAGCUUUCAUCUCUCACCUCCUGUUUCUCUGGCUAGCGGGGCUGCACAUAGCACUGCAGCAGAGGCAGCAUCUUAUGUCCCUUCACCCCCCAGUAGGCAUGUCAGUCAGGAGUCUGUGCAUCCCCAACCUCCUGCUCCUGGCGUAGGAAGUUCUUUGGUCGUGGACGAGAGUGAUUACAUACCUCCUAUGCCUGAUACACCACCGAAGACGUCAGCAAGGCCAGCGAGAGCCCCUAUUGUAAUUGGGGGGAGUAGCUCUUUGCAAAGGCAAAAUGCACAGCCAGGGAGCUCAACGCCUGCAUUGAAUCAUCAGCAGCAGCCGGCAGCGUAUGCGAUGCAACAAGCACUACAACAGGGCUAUGCUCAAAACAAUUCCGGAGGACUACCCAGCUCUGACCCUGCGUUUGUCAUGGGCGAAUCUGGAAGAUGGCAAGACGGGCAGCAGUUCACCUCUGCCGCUGCACCACGUGGUGUACGUACGAUCGAUCUCGAAGAACUCAGCAGAAUCCAAAAAGAAAACGAAGAGCUGCGAGCGAGGAUCAGCUCGCAGGAGAAGGAGCUCGCUGCUAUCCGUUUGACCGCGGAGGAAAAGCAUAGCCAGCUUGCCGAACGGGACGGUCAAAUCGUGCAGAAAGAUGCACUUCUCUCACAAAAGGAUGCUGAGAUAGCGCAGCAUAUUUCACAAGUGAGUGAGCUGCAAACUUCUCUCACCGAGGUGAAGGAAACAGUCACGGCGUGUAAAGCGUCGAUUUCAGAUCUGGAGGCCCAGCUAAAGAAUGCAGAGGCAUCGAUGGCAGAAUUGAAGCUUAAGUUGGAGCAAACUGAGGCAGCCAAGUCAGAACUUAGCGCUCGGCUCGAACAGAGUGACGCAGCGUUGACCGCAGCGAGCCAAAGGCAUGAAGAGAAGACGAAAGAACUCGAAUCGAAGCUGGCAGCUGCGGAAACUGGCCUCGUUUCCUCUUCUGCCGAGGUUGAAUCCCUAAAAAAGCAACUCGAGGAGGAAAAGGCAAAAUUUGAAGCCAAAGUUGCUGAACCAGUUGAUAUUGCGCCUGGGCUGGAGCCGUGGUUCAAGGGAUCGCUUGAACGGUACAAGGACAUGCUGUACACGGAAAGCAAACCGAUCCCAGUCCAAGAGAAGCUUCAAGUGUUUAUGGAUGCUGUAAAUGCCGAGGCAAGGCUACGAGGCAUUGACAUGCCAUUUGGUCCAAAGGGCGAAGUCAAAGGCUUCAAUAUUCCGGCACCCGUGGCUGGCCAGCCGCUGCAAAGCAAAUCUCAGCCAAUCUCGAAACCUGAGAGACCCAGAGUUGUGCCUCCGAAGGAAAGUGAUGGCUUCGUAAUGGUUGACCCAGACGCUGGGAUUCAGUUCAGCCCAGGCGGUCGGCCCAUCCUGAAGGCUCCUCUGGAAGAAUAUAGUCCUGGUGGACGACCCAUUUUAAGUGGAACUUGCGGUCUUCCACAAGGACAGUCAGGUGUGCCGCCAGCAGCCCCGGAAAAGAUCGCACAGGCCGCAUCGGCUACCACACAGGAAGGUUCCUUAAAGCCCGCGUAUCAACCGUUCCGACUAGAGGGUUCAGCGUCAAAUUCCUCAAAUUCAUCAUCAAAAAUCCCAAGUGCCGAGCCAUUCGGUGCUGUUCAGCAACCAAAAGUACCUUAUACACCGUUUUCAUUGAAGCAAGGUGACACUGCUGCGUCAGCACAAGGCAUGCCGCAAACUCCGCCUCAGGAUCCAACUCCUACACCGUCUAAACAACCUGCGUACAAGCCGCUGUACAAGCCUGUUCCUGGACCCGCUCCUAUCGUGAGAGGAUCAGGUGAGGGAGGAAGUGUUGAUAUCUUGGCCGAUCAUGUACCUGGAAUUAUUCGCCCAGCCAAAAAAGAGGCGUUAAAGAGUCCACAAGAUGAAGCCAUGCUACCACUUCCGCUGAAACCUCGCACUCCGGCCGUAAAAUCGUCAUCCUCGGAUGCAUCAAUUCCGGGGACGACGGAUGCAUUGACUGCGAGCACUUCAAAGGAUACUGAGCCGACCUUGCCUCGUCACAAGGGUCCAUCUGACAUUCUUGGCAUUAUCGCACACUCCACGACGGAGCGUAAACAGUCGAAGCAUGUUCAAGAGCUUGUAAAAGCAAUGAACGCCGUCAACACGGACUACAGCUUUAUCAAGGCCAUCACGAAAGCCUGGGAAGAAAAGGCGGCUGUAAAGAGAAAGCAGCUAGAGAAUGAGCGCGCGAAGAGACAGGCUGAACUCGAAGCUCACAACAACGAGCUAUUUGACAGUGGAGAGAUCGGCUACGGCGACUUCGAGACUCUAGAAGAAGAGGCGAAGGAGAAAGAGAUGAAAACGAAGGCUGAGGAAGACAUGAAGGAGUAUGAGAGCUACGCGAAAGAGAUUUUUGACGUGGUCUACAAGAGAUGUCAAGAUGACAUCGGCUCCUUGAUUCAGGUGCAGAACGACGCCGAGGAUCUAAUCCACAUUUCGUCUGCUGGAGCAAGUGUUGUCAGCGAGAGCGAUGGCAUUACAAGUCUAAGCGAGGCCAUGCAGCUGCUCCUUGAUGUGCACAACAAACUCGAGCUUGUCCACAACGAGGUCGUCAAAGCUGUGCAGGAGCGUGAUCAUCGAUACAAAUUAACGCAAACCAAGACACUCUACGCAAAAGGUGACAUCGCAGGGAUGAAGCGUGUCGAAAAGGCGUUCGAGGAUGCGGACAAAAAGGCCGAUGUGCGAUCUCGAGUUGAGCGCGCGGAACGCUGCAAGCGAGUAUGGAAGAUCAUGGACACAGAGAUGGAGCGUGGGGCUGGGGAGAACGAAGACUUCGUUGCCGAUAUCAUCGAAGCUGUCGAAGACGCCUCAGCAACUUGUGGCGAGAGCGACAAAGCGGAGCUUAUGAUAAUGAUUGACAAAGCUACCGCAAUCACGGAUGCGGUGUACGAAGACAGUGCCGUCCUAAUGCGAUUAUUCGAGAAUGUGGACAUGGAUCUCAAUGAACGAGAGUUCGAGGUCUCCGUGGCCUCGGCGAAACUCAAGGGUGACCCGAAGGAGUAUUUUGACAAGCUUCAGCAAGAGAAGAGAAAGGAGGACGCCAAGCUGAAAGCAGAGGGAGAGAAGAGACUCAGUGCCGUGGCAACUCAUCGAGCAGAAGCCAAGGCUCAGUUGAAGGACAUCGCAAAGAUCGUUGGGGAGAGCAGCGAAGAGAGGGAAGCCAGGAUCAGACAGGAGAAAGCGCUCGCGGACGCUAGGAGGAGGAACGGAGAGACCUAACGAAAGCCGUUUCAUUUUAAAGCGAUUUGAUGCGAGCGGAGCAUUUAGCGAGGAGUUUUUCUUUUGUUUUGGACAUUUGGCUGAGAUCAGGACCGACCUGGAAGCCGAGGAUUUACAUUCUGCCGAUUUGGCUGUCGUGAAUAGCAAGAGUUUUUUGCAUCGCGUACCAGAGCAUUGCUUCGACUCUAUCAUGCAUUUGCUGAUAGAUAAAUGUUAAUAUAAUUAUUCAUAUAUCCCUG